AUGCCUGGUGAAAAAUCUCUUCCUAUGGUCGAAAUAAUGAACGACAAAGCUGACAACUGUCAAGUUCUUCAGAUCUUUGGCGAUGCUAAAUCUCUUGAAAGUGCUUUAGUAAAGAAGGAUGAGAAUGAAGUGAAAGAAAUAAAGAUAUCAGUUGAUGAAUCAACAUCUUUCGAAAGUAAGGAAUUCUUGUCCAAAGAUCAAAAGACUAUAACUAAUGAAGUUAUUGAAAGAGAUCUGGAAUGA